AGCUCUGGCAAGGACAGUAUCCAUCACAUAGACAGCAAACGCAAAGGGCGAAGGUGUUGGUGUCAGUAAUGGACAUCACUGGCCUCAAAUCCCGCAACAUCCCUUUUCAUUUUCGAUUAAAAGUUUCUCUUUUUGGUCAAUUCAAUUCACUUCACUUCAAACCCAACAUGCGUUUUUUUUCUCUUUCUUCACCUCGCCUCUAUCCCUUUUGCUCUCUAAAUGGGUCAGCUGAGAUAAGCAAGGAACGUACUUUGCCUCGGGGUGUUGGAGAGGCAGUGAUUGAAGCAUCGCGUUCCAAGAUUCUUCAGGUUGUGCUGGUGUCCCCUAAGAUUCCAGGGAACACUGGUUGCAUUGCUAGAACAUGUGCAGCGUCAGCCGUUGGACUACAUUUAGUUGGGCCAUUAGGAUUUAAGGUGGAUGAUACUAAACUAAAGCGUGCUGGAUUGGAUUACUGGCCAUAUGUGGUUGUUAAAGUUCAUGAUUCUUGGGAAGAUUUUCGUGAUUAUUUUAGGCAACAGGAGGGUGAAAAACGGUUGCUAGCAUUUACAAAGAGGGGAACAAAAAUUCAUUCUGUGAGUUGCCCAUCAUUAAAUUUAAUAGCAUAG